GCUUCGAGUGCGUCUUCUGCAACUUUGUGUGCAAGACGCGGACCAUGUACGAGCGCCACCUCCAGAUCCACCUGAUCACGCGCAUGUUCGAGUGCGACGUGUGCCACAAGUUCCUGAAGACACCCGAGCAGCUGCUGGAGCACAAGAAGUGUCACACCGUCCCCACCGGAGGGCUCAAGUAAGGAAAGCAAGUACAGACAGAGGUUCCUACUCCACCCCCCCUGUCCCGUCCCAUCCCACUCCACCCCCCCUGUCCCGUCCCGUCCCACUCCACCCCCCCUGUCCCGUCCCGUCCUACUCCACCCCCUGUCCCGUCCUACUCCACCCCCGUCCCGUCCUACUCCACCCCCCCUGUCCCGUCCCAUUCCACUCCACCCCCCCUGUCCCGUCCCGUCCUACUCCACCCCCACUGUCCCGUCCCGUCCUACUCCACCCCCCGUCCCAUCCCACUCCACCCCCCCUGUCCCGUCCCGUCCUACUCCACUCCCCCUGUCCCGUCCCGUCCUACUUCACUCCCCCUGUCCCGUCCUGUCCUACUCCACCCCCCCUGUCCCGUCCCGUCCUACUCCACCCCCCCUGUCCCGUCCCGUCCUACUCCACCCCCCCUGUCCCGUCCCGUCCUACUCCACCCCCCGUCCCAUCCCACUCCACCCCCCUGUCCCGUCCCGUCCCACCCCGACUCCUCCCUCACACAUGUACAGACACACAGACAGGCUGUAACCCACUGACAGACUGACUGCUCAUUAUAGUAUGCACAUUAAGUCGAAAACAUGCGUGUAAGAGCACAUGCGUCAACUUAAUACACACGCAGUCUGAACUGUGAAUGUGUGCACGCAUUCACCGCAGUCGUCCACACUUUCAAACUAGAUGACGUCAACACACAGACACUGUCCAACAUACACAUUCACAUGCGUAGGACAUCUAGCUCACUGAAACGAUUAAGACAUUCACACAGUAUAUAUAAACCCCUAUUACACUCACAGCCCUAGAUACCAAACACUUUCCCCCUCUGACCCAAUACUACUAUACCCCUAUAGGAGCCUCCGUUGUACUGUGUGACGUAGACACACACACCGUAGACCAUACGUAGCCGUUUAGCCUAUCUGUUCAUGUUAAACCAACGCUGCCAGUACAUGAAGCCCAUCCAACACACACGCAACAACAUGCUAAUGACAUUAGCCUAGCCUAGCCUAGCCUAGCGCUUUUAAAGCCUGCACACACCGAUGCAUAUUUUAUACCACAUAGAUUUUCUGUUUUCCCAGAUUGCAUUUGAAACCAUCUGGAAUGAAAGUAGUACAUGCACUCACUUGCAAUUACUUAACAGGAAAUCUGAACAGACAUCUAGGAAAAUAUUUAAACGCAGUAAAAAUAGAUUGUUUGUUAACACAACAGUCACUGUCAUUUUUGUGUUUUUUUUAAUGUUUUAUUAAUUUGUCGAAGUUGUUUGCCAUGAUACGCAGUCAGUCAAUGCAUGUGUAGAGCCAUCGAUAUCAAUCAGACGCCAUUGAACUCAUCUCAUCAUGAACUGAUCGGCCUACACUUUCACUUUACCAUGUUAAUGUCAAGCUGUCACCACUAUUCACCAGAUACUGUUCAUUGUCUAGCCAUCUGUAGCAUUAGAUCAGCAGUUGGUUUGGUGUUUGGAGUGAGAGAGUCAGGGUUAUAGUUUACUGAGGUAUGUGUUAGUGUCUCGUCUUGUUACAUGGAGUUAGAGACAAGGUUAAGGUCUCAAUACGCCACCACUGAUUCUUUCCACGUUCAUUGGUCAAUACAGGAACACACACACACACCAUCAACACUGCUAACAGUAUUAGUCCAUUUUAGAUAGAUGGGAAUAUAUUUAUUUCACAUUUCAAAUGUUCAAGGGUGCAAUUAGUUCAGUCGUUUUAGUACAGUGUUUUUAUGUCUGUUAAUAAUCCAUCCACUAUCCUGACUUUAAAACCAGACAGACAGUGUCCACAUUAGCUGUGCCGUUAAAGGUUUGAGAGGUCAGAAUUAAAAGCAGUCACAAGGGCACAGGUAGCCCAAACACAGCUGACCCCUCAGUCCAGUUCAAGGGGGUAUCUCUAGAGCAGUGUGUCCAGACAGGACUGUGUACUAAGUAGUGUGUACUCAGCAGUGGACAGUGGGGUGACUGUGAGUGAUGGUUAUCCACUGCAAUGGAAAACACUUUCCAAUCAAGCCAGCUGAAUAAGCUGGACAAAAGACAGACAAGAAGUUGUAGACAAUAUAUAUAUUUUUUAAAGGGCUGUAGUGUGUACUCAGAAGUGUGUAUCAAAGAGGAUAGCGUACUAAAGACUGUGUACUCAGAAGUGUGCACUCGGGGAGUGUGUACUGAGGCGUGUGUAGGACAGAGAAGGGCCUCCCUUAACCAGUGUACUCAGGAGUGUAUGUCCAGGAGUGUGUGGGAGAGGGAAGGUGUGUGUAGGGUCUUCACCACGUGGCUGGUUGUAUUCUGAGGUGAUUCUGUUCUGCAGGGUUUGUGAAGCGCUUUGGGGCCCAGAGCAGAUGAAUGGUGCUAUUUAAAUGUAAGUGACACAUUUCCAUUUAUCCUUCCAUUCCUAAUUCCGUCCAAUCCUGUUCUCUUUCCACAACCUGUCUCUGCCCAGUUCUACAUACAUACAGUUCUACAUGCUCCACCCACCUCCCAACCCACUCACUCCAAACACACUUUCAACCCCAACCCACCCACACACAAUACACACGCACACUUUCCACCACACACACCAAUCAUUCCCUUAGGGUAGAAUAUUCAGGACACAUCACACACACCUUUCCUCCUUCACCUUUCCCUGUCUUCAUCCUCCCUUAUGUUGAAGUCUUAAGGUGUGUAUUUUGGUCGUCGUGUAUUUAAGUCCUCUCUUCAUUAAACCUCCCCUCGCUAUUGUGUGUGUAUAUCCCAUGUCACGCCUCCUUCCACUUCCUCCUUCCUGUUUCCCAGGUGCCCCGUCUGCAUUUAUUCCACCAAUCGGCCGGCGGCCAUGGAGUGCCACCUGAAGACCCAUUACAAGAUGGAGUACAAGUGUCGCAUCUGCCAGUCGGUGUGGCGCGACCAGCCCGCGCUGGAGAGGCACGUGCGCGAGCAUCGCCUCGGCAACCACUACAAGUGCGAGCAGUGCGGCUACCUGUCCAAGACGGCCAACAAGCUGAUCGAGCACGUGCGCGUGCACACGGGCGAGCGGCCCUUCCACUGCGACCGCUGCGGCUACAGCUGCAAGCGCAAGGACAACCUGAACCUGCACAAGAAGCUGAAGCACGCGCCGCGCCAGACCUUCGGCUGCACAGAGUGCCCCUUCACCACCACCCACCCCUUCAUCUUCAGCCGCCACCUCAAGAAGCACCAGGGUGGAGGGGAAGGGGAGGAGGCCGGCGAGGAGGAGUUCCAGGCCCAGCUAGGGGGCUCUCUGGUGGGGUCUCUGCGGGGCGGGGAGCCCUUCCUCCUGGGGGUAGGUGGAGGUGGGGAUGGGAGUAGCGGGGGGAGCGGUAGUAGCAGCCCCCUCAUGAUUCUCUCUGCCUCGCAGGCCCUGCAGUCUGUCGCCCUGUCACUCAUCACAGGGAAACACCACCGUCAACAGGAUGUCCCGCCCCCAGCCCAGCGUUAUCUGACAGCGACCACAACCAAUGGCGGAGGCUCCUCCCUCUUCUUCCCCUCCCCACGCCACCUCUACGAGCAGAUGGGAAACUGCGAGCGGGCGCACCUGAUCCCCCUCACAACCCUGUUCACCCACCGCCACCGCUCCACAUUCCACUCGCCCCUCUCCAGACUCCAGAGGCCCUCCUCCUCCUCCCCCCUUUUCCUCUCCUCCACCGCCUCCUCCCCCUCUUCCUCUCCUCCCUCGCCCACCUCACUCAAACACUCCUUCCUGGCUUACCUAGGACUGGGACUGAAGGAGAGAGCCAAGACUGUG